CUUCUAUUCACUUGCUACAAAAUAUCUACAAUCUUGCACCCAUAAGUAUCUCUCUCUCUCUCUCUCUCAUUCAUUGUGUGUGAAAUAUUUGGGGUUUCUGAUCAACUCGCAAAUCAGACUCCGUCGCCAAAAAAAAGGUUAGGUUUUGUAUUGCCCGUGGAUUAAGCAAAGAAUUGUUUCUUGAUUAGGUUUUGUAUUGAAGGAAGGAUUUGAGCUAUGGGGAAGAGGAAAGCAAAAACAAAGCCACCACCUAAGAAGAGAAUGGACAAGCUUGACACUGUCUUCAGCUGUCCUUUCUGCAACCAUGGCACAAGUGUUGAAUGCAGAAUUGAUAUGAAGAACUUGAUUGGGGAAGCCUCGUGCAGAAUAUGCCAGGAGAGCUUUAGCACCACCGUCACAGCUUUGUCUGAGCCAAUAGACAUAUACAGUGAAUGGAUUGAUGAAUGUGAACGGGUUAACACCCUUGAGGAUGACGGUGCCUAAAAGGAGAACUGAUGCACUGGAAUAACAGCUGUGUAGGAAUAUAUAUUAAAUUUCAAGCCAGCAACUAUCUUGAUGGAAGCAGUGCGCGUCUAUUUCUGCAAGCAGUAUCGUAGUUUUAAGUAGGACCCUAAUGCAUGGGAAUUAAGAGAGAAUAAUUUGUGCAAAACAUCAAGGAAACUGUCUUACAAAUAUGCUAUCCAAAUAUCAAGUAUUCCAAUGUUUUGCUCUGAAAUAUGUAAUUUUUAUAUGCCAAUGUAAUGUGAUUACGUAAUGUAUGAGAGUUUCUGGUUUACUUUU